CAUCGCUAUGGACACAGCGUCCCCCGCCCCGAGCGCCCUCCGAGCUCUGCGCCUUCCGCCAACUGUGGCGGAAUAAUUUGAGCUCCGCCGCCGACGGGCAGCGGGAUGUCAAAGUCAACCCCGUUUCUCGCGAGGCCUGUUGGGACUCGUAGUCCAAAUCUCCGCGGACCGAGCCCCCCCCCCCGCCGGGAACAAGGCAGAGGGCGGCGUGGAUGAGACGGGAAGGCGGAAACUACACACCCCAUGAUGCUUUGCGGGGAGCUAACAGCUCCCCCCCAUCCCGGGGAGGAGGCGGGCACUCUCAGGGCAGUCGGGCUGGCCGGAGGGGCGAUGAACAGGAUGAAAGUUGACGAGGAGGAGUAUUGGCACAGCUCCAAGUGUAAAGCCUUCACAUUUGAUGAUGACGAUGAUGAGCUCUCCCAGCUAAAGGAGUCCAAGCGGGCAGUGAACAGCCUUCGAGAGAUUGUAGAUGAUGAUGACGACCUUGAGAAAUUCAGCUGGAGUGGAGAGCCAGUGGGCAGUAUUUCCUGGUCCAUCAAAGAGACUGCCUCCAGCAGCUCUAACGCUCCUGAAGGGAGAGACUCAGGCCUACAGAAAGGCUCUUCUUCCCAUCCAGCUCUCCCCAAGCAAACCUCCUCUUACUCCAUCAGCAGUUUCUUCAAAGGAAGAAACAAACUUGGGAGUUUUCAGUCCCUUUCAGAUGCUCUCUCUGACACAGGAGUUAAAAGCUACGCUCCAGAGCUGCGCAGAUCAAAGGCGGAAUACAAGGAUUACAGCAGCGACUGGAGUCCCAAGGAUACAGUCAGACGAAUGCAGAGGGGCAAGAUCUGCUCACUGGAGAGGUUCCGUUCCCUGCGGGAGAAGCUGGAGCUCCUGGAUGAAGCUGUUGCGGUGCAUGAUGGGAAUGUCAUUACAGCUAUUCUAAUAUUCUUGAAGAGGACGCUGAAGAAAGAGAUCCUGUUCCAAGAGCUGGAGGUGCGACAGGUGGCCUUGCGCCAUCUAAUCCAUUUCCUCAAAGAGACAGGGGAGCAGAAGCUACUCCUGGACCUGCUCAGAUUCCUGGACAGGACCGAGGAGGUUGCUCUGUCCCAGUACCGGGAGCACUUGAGCAUCCAGGAUGCAGAGAAACGAAGAGAAUUUCUUAAAGGCUGCAUCAGGUUGCCCUUUUCAUCUGAAGAUGCUGUUCAUGUUCAAGACCAUUAUACGCUCCUGGAGAGACAGAUCAUCAUUGAGGCAAACGACCGGCAUCUGGAAGCUGCUGGGCAGUCUGAGAUAUUUCGGAAAUACCCACGAAAGGCCUCUAUCCUCAACAUGCCACUGGUGACCACGCUAUUCUACUCCUGCUUCUACCACUACACAGAGGGCGAGGGGACAUUCAGCAGCCCGACCAACCUGAAGAAAACCUUUAAGAUCCCAGACAAACAGUAUGUGCUGACAGCCCUGGCUGCCCGUGCCAAGCUGCGAGCCUGGCAUGAUGUGGAUGCCCUGUUCACCACCAAGAACUGGCUGGGCUACACCAAGAAGAGAGCUCCCAUUGGCUUCCGUCGUGUGGUGGAGAUCUUGCAGCGGAACAGCGCCCCCGUGCAGGUGCUGCAGGAGUACGUGCGCCUGGUGGAAGACGUUGAGACAAGGUUGAACCUUGCCAUGAAAUAUAAGUGCCAUGAUGUUGUUAUUGAUACAUACAGAGACCUGAAGGAUCGACACCAGCUGAUGGCGUACAGGUGUAAGGUGGAGCGGGGCUCUGCAGAAGAGGACAAGAUAGACAGCAUCCUCAGCAACUUGCAAAUCCGAUGGAAGAAUUGAGGUGUCUACCCACCUCAGAAGCAGCCCAAUAUGCCAUUGCCAUGCCAAUGAGAGGGGAAACUAUGGAGCCAGCCUCAGUGCCAAUAGAGCAAGUUCCAUUUCCAGCCUUGGUGAUUUGUCUGAUAUUGCCAGUCAGUGCCAGUGGCUCCUGGGACAGAGCGGCAUCCAGGCUGACAUAAGGCAAACCCAGCCAUCUGGCUAGUGGGACAAGACCCUGACGAACUGGAGUCAAUGCUCUGUAAUGGGCUAAGCCAUGAGGCGGGCAUGGCUUCAGUGUACAGUGGGAAGUAAAGUCUGGCAAAGCAGCAGCUACUUCAGAUUUGUGCAGGAUCAGGACUCAUUCAGGUGAGAGGAACAAGACAAUUAUCCAGAAAAGAUCUCUUCUAAGGUUAGGGUGACCCGCUCCCUUGCCAUACCAGCUGCUAAGACUGGGGCAAUGAUGGCCGUCUCAGAAGUGAAGAUGCAGGAACCGCAGACUGGGCUGCGUUCUCCCUGCCUCUAUGAGCGAGAUGGGUAGGGAAAGACUUCUUGCCGCUUAAAACCCCAACCUUCCUGUUUCUCUGAUUCAGAAAGGAAGCUUUCAGCCAAACUUCUGCAGGUUGCAUAUCCCCACUACAAAGCCCUGCAUCUCAAGACUUGCCCCUUCACCCAAAGGGAAGCUGGGAGUUCUGCCUGGAGCUCAUCCACUCCCUCAGUGGGUUGGUUAGAGAAUGAGUCAAAAUUCCCUCCCAGCAAGUGCUGAAGAUGCUGGCCCCACGGAGCCCCUUGGAACAAUCUCUUCUCCCUGGCCUUUACAUUGGGAAAGUUUUUGUUACACCCCACAGAAAUGUGACUCUCCCCUGGGGUUCCCUGCCAGCUUUGUUGUUUCAAACCUCGCUUUCUGUUCCUUAAAUAAAACUAUCUCUCUG